AUGAAUCUUACAGAAAAUAUCAUUGAUUUAUCUGAAAAAAGAGACAAUAAAAUUAAAUAGGAACCAAAAGUAAACCUCAAUAAAUUCAAGUCUUUUUUUGGAAUAGCUGGUAAAAUGAUUCAAUAAAAAACCAUAAACAACACAUUUUCUUUCUCAAAAUUGAAAAAGGAUGUAACGUCAAAUUCACCUUAUGCUGAUAUUCAGGAUCUUAACUCAACAACUUAGAAAAAUGAACAAAUUCCAUAAUUUGAAUACUAGUAAGAGCAUAUACCUAAUAAAAAAUUUGAACAAUCAGACAUUUAAAUUAAGGAUUACAAAUUAAAUGGGAAUUAGUCCUAAACUCAAAGAAUACCAUUAAAAAAGAUCUUUAAUGAACAGAAAUAAUAACAAAAGGAAAAUAAUUCAUAAGAUAAACAAAUGAACAGGAAAUAAAAUAAUUAAUUAAUAUAGCAAACUUAAACAACGCAAUAGUAAACAUUUGAUUCUGCAGACUAAACAACAAAUCUUUAAAAUAUUAAUAAAAGAUAAUUCAUAAUGUAGAGAAUGGAAGAAGAAAAAGCAUAGAAAGAAAGAAUAGCUAAAUAAUAAUAAGAAGCUAAUAAACUCAUUAAAUAAAUUUAAGAACGAAUCAAAUAAAAAGAAUCGCUACUUAAACAAAAAGAAGAAGCUAUCAUCUUAACUGAAUUAGAAAAAAGAAAAGCUGUCAUGACAUAAAGAAGAGAAUUAAGCCAACCAAUCAGACUAAAUGACUUAACUGAGCAUCAGAAAAAAUAUGAAGAAGAUAAAAAAGUCAAAGAAUAUGAAAGAGAACAUCUGAAAUAAGAACAUGAUUUUAAAAUUAGAUAAAAUACCUUAAAAUUUCCUAAAAGUUAGACCCAAAUGAGAAUAGAAGAAGAAGAAAAGUAUCUUAAAUAAUUAAAGGAAUAAGACAUUAAAUUAAAGUAAAUUGCAAGAUAAAGAUAAUUUAAAUAUGCAAACUUUGCUCAAGAAAACUACUUCAGAGAACAUCCUAUUAAAUAAAAGUAAUCUCCUCCUAAAAAAGAAGUUUAACAAAAAUAAAUUCAAGAAAUUUCAAUUACAGAGCAAAAUCUUAGAAAAAUUAGAAGAUAUAUUCCUUAAAUACCUUAAUAACAUCAUUUAAGCCAAGAAUCCAAGGAUUCAAUUAAUGAUCUUAGCAUCCAUCUAGAAAAUAAACCUCCGAAACCAAUUAAGAAAAAAAAUUAUUUUAAUUCUGAGAAAACACAUAAAACUCCUGAAUUACCUGCUAAGCCAAAAACAAUUGAUUAUUUACAAUAACUUAGACAAUAAAGAAAAAUGUAGAAUAUGACAGUGGAUUAAUUAGAUAAGAGUACAGAAUAUAUUUUAUAAGAGAACUAAAAGGAUAUACAACAAAUUUUGGAAAACGUGUAAAAAUUGGAAUAAAAGGCUAAAGAUAGAGAAAAAACAGCCUUAUUGAAGAAUGAUAUUUAAAUGGAAGAAGAGGCCAACAAUUUAUACAUAGCAACUAUCAGAGCAAAAUUAGCAAUUUUAGACAAAAAUUGA